AUGGGAAGAAUUGCACCUCUAUCAAACUCAUUAAAUGAAUAUAUCAACAAUGAAAACUUAAGUAUUCUUAAUUCUAAUGUAAAACGGUAUGAACUUGUUGAAUUUCUAAUUUAUCAUAAUUCCAUUGAUGUUUUAUUACAAAAUUGGCAGAAUGAAGUUAGACUGAUUGCACAAAGUGCAAUUCCAAAAAAAAGAGGAGUCAAAUGGAUGUUAAGAUGGAGCUCCAACUUAGAAAAUCGUCUCAACAAUUACUUGUUAAUUCUAGAGACAUUUAAAGGUAAUGGCACAAAAAAUGUUGAAUUUGAAAAAGGAGCAGACCCCAAUUUGUUGCCUCAAGUAAUUGUAAAUUUAGAUCCUGCAGAAGCUUCAAAAUUUGCAUAUAUUGUUGGAUGGGUUGUAUUUAAGCUUACAAAAGAUGACAAAGUAAUGAUGUCUCAUCCAAAAUUUGGAAUUAUGCGUUCUUUACUUAAGAAUCUUUGCUCAGAAAAUGUAGAAUAUGUACAUGAAAUUCAUUCACAAACAACAAAUAUCAUACCUGGACCAGAAAUCAUGGACUUCAUGUAUCAUUUUGAAUCCAUAAUAAUUCAAUUAUUUGAAAAACAUCAUGAGCUUGGUCCAAAUAUUUUACAUUACAUAAGAAUCAGCCUGUUAAAUAACUUACAUUUGCAUGAAAAAUUUUCAUCAUUAUUGAAAUUUGCAAUUCAAGAUAAUAUUAGUUCUGAAAAUUUUGAAGGUAAGUUGACUUUGUCAAAUGAAGAUCUGAUUUUUUUAUUUGAAAAAUUAGUUUCUACCUACAUGAAAAGCUGGCAAAAAACAUGGAGACAACAUAAUGGUUACAUACCAGAGAAAGGUACAGCAAGCCUUAGGGAAAAUCUUAAGGUUAUGCGUUCAAAUAACCAGAAUCUUUCAAAUAAUGAGAAAGGUAAAAUAUCUAAUCAAAUAAAGAAAGCAAACUUACCAACAGAUCCAAUGCUUGCACUUGUUCAGCUUCAAGUAUGGGCACAUCUUGAAGAUGUAGAAAAUCAAUUUGCAAAAAAUUUUUUAGUUACAGAUCUGCUCUGGUUAUUAUGGGCAUUUGGAGUUAAAACAUCACAAAAAAGAAAAAAUACAUUGGUUCCUUUACUUAUAAGUCAUUUGAAAAGUGAAACACCUUUUAGUGAAGAAGCAUUAGCAAAAAAGAAUAUAUUUGCACUUGAGUAG